AUGGAGACAGAGAUCACCAUCCUUCAGAUGCUGGACCAUCCGAACUUGAUCAAAUACCACACGCACUUCGGGCACCAUGGGGACCUCUUCCUCGUCAUGGAGCUGGCUUCAGGCGGGACCCUGGCCAACAAGAUCGACCAGGUCAAGGAGCAAGAGAAACGAAUUGAAGAGCACUUCCUUUGGAGAUGGCUGUGUGAUGUCGCAAGUGCUCUUGCGUAUUUGCAUAAGCGCCGUGUUCUCCACCGAGACAUAAAGCCUUCGCACAUCUUCAUCUUCCAGAAUGGCUUGCAGGCCAAGCUGGGCGACUUCGGCCUCUCCAAGGCCUUCUCGGACACAACGCAGUGUGCCAUGUCCUGCGUGGGCACCCCGCUGUACAUGGCACCAGAAAUCGUCCGUGGAGAGCCUUACUCUUACGGCUCAGACAUUUGGAGCCUGGGAUGUUCCCUCUACGAGAUGGCAGCCCUCGUGCAGCCCUUCACGCGCAGCGACAUGGACUUCGUGGCUCUGGGUCAUGCAAUCACUAAUGCGGAGUACCCAGAGCUGCCACCGGAAGUUUGGUCCACCGACUUCAUCAACAUGGUCUCAAAGAUCUUGACGGUGGAUCCGCUGCACCGCCCUUCUGCACAGACUGUUCUGGAUCUGGCCGCAUGCAAGCUGGUCUCACGCAUUCAGGACUUUCAGAUCAUUGGCAGCAUCGGUCGAGGGCAGUUCUCAGAAGUCCACCGAGCUCUGUGGAAAUCCAGCGGGGAACGUGAAGUGGCCUUGAAGCGAAUCCAGAUCUACGAGAUGGACGAUGAUGCCCGGAGCGAAGUGUAUGCCGAAGCAAAGAUGCUUCAGGAGCUGGCACACCCCACGAUCAUCAAGUACUUUGAUUCUUUCACGGAAGAGAUGGAGAUGGUGAUCAUCCUGGAGUUAGCCGCUCAUGGAGACCUGUCGAGUUUGCUAAGCAGAACCAGACAUGGCAACCGGAUGCUCGAAGAGCACCAGGUUUGGGGCAUCUUCUUUCAGAUCUGCGAUGCGCUGCACCACAUGCACAGGCAUCGCAUCAUGCACCGAGAUGUGAAGCCGGAGAACACCUUUGUGUGCCAGCAUGGUGUCGUCAAGCUUGGGGACUUGGGUCUGGGCGACUUGCCUGAAUUUAGCCCGCUCCAAGCUCUGAAGGGAACCCGGAGCGAGGAGGUGAUCUCCGUGCCUCGGACGCCGACUACAGAAAGGGAGUUGACAACAAAUGGGGAUGCCGGCGGCUAUUCCUUCAAGUCUGAUAUUUGGAGUAUGGGCGUCGUGCUGUACGAGCUGUACACAUUGAGAAGCCCUUUCGCCGACCCUGGUUUGAACUACUACAUGCUUGGGCUGAAGCCACAGCAUGUUGACGAAGUCUGUCUGUGA